AUGGAGGACGUGGGGCUCGACCGGAAGCUGGUGAUCAUCGGCCCCACGGACGUGGGCAAGACGUCCAUCACGAUGCGCUACUGCCACGGCAGCUUCUCCACGCCCACGUCGGCCACCAUCGGGGCCUCGUUCCUGCAGAAGCGCGUGAUCGUGGGCGACGACGCCGGCGCGCGGCGGAAACUGACGCUGCAGAUCUGGGACACCGCCGGCCAGGAGCGCUUCCGCUCCAUGGCGCCCAUGUACUACCGCAACGCCAAGGCGGCCAUCCUGGUCUUCGACCUGCAGAGCGAGGCCAGCUUCGAGAAGAUCAAAGAGUGGCUGCAAGACCUGCAGCACCACGUGGGCGACGAUAUAGUACUAGCGGUCGUGGGCAACAAGAGCGACGUGCCAUCAACCUUCGACUUCUCCAAGGCCCAGCAGUUCGCGGACGAGAUCGGCGCGCUGGUAUUCCGCACGAGCGCCAAGUCGGGCGAAGGGGUGCAGGCGCUGUUCGAGAGCCUCGCGGUGCAGCUGCUCAAGAAGCACGACCAGGAGCAGCGGACACGAGCACGUGACGGAUCCAGAGCAGGAAGCUCCGCUGGCGCAGGCUCCUACGGCUAUGGAGGCCAAAGUCCCGUCAUUCUAAGUCAAGCCAACGCCUCAGGGAACAAGGCAUCCAAGGGCGGCUGCUGUUAGCUCGUCUACUGGUCAGCGCAUAGAACGACAGGCAUGAAGGAAGGGAAAACAGGGUUUCAGCUCGUGCACAGGACAGCACAGCUCAACAAGCAUGGGGGCCGGAGGGAUGAGGUGGGGGCAGCAGAGAGAGAGGGGAGGAAGUGCAUCUUGGCGUCGGAGUCAGCGCUCGGGGUGCGACGCCAUGGAUGCUAGCUAAUGUUUUUAUUCACAGCAAUCAACAAGUCAAGUUUCGACUG